AUGACCAAGGCUAAUCCCAAUCCACAGCUGGACCAAGAGAUCUGCAAAAGCACAGUCAAAGGAAGCAAGGGGAGAUCCACCAAACCAGAAGUGACACAGAAGCAGAAGGCAGGCAAGGCAAGCCCAGUCCCCCAGCCACCACAGCUCCACACGCCACUCAACCCCCACAUACAAAAUAAAUGGUCCAAGAGGAUCGAAACAACACAAAGCAAGGAGCAACCAGAUGGCAAAAUCAUAGAGAGCACCAGAAGAAAUACCUCUACACUAGACAAACCCAUCACCUACAAGCCUGCACACAGAUCCCCCCGAUCACAACCAUCCAGCACCCAUAGACGCCACAACUCAUUAAUAGGAUUAUAUUUAUAUGCUUUGUUUGCUUUAUCUGGGAUUGUCCACAUAUUUCGGAGGUAG